UGCUGCUCUUCUCCUCUUCUCUCCCCGCGCCAGCGUGGGUAUUAUUGGCAACAACUACGAAAUUACUACUGGGCGGAUCCUCUAGCUCGUGUCCAGCGGCUGCCCCUCCCACGCCCGGUAGGGUGACACACCACCCCUGUUGGAGCGACCUUGUUGUCUCGGUCUUAGACUUCGCGUAGACGGAUCCAGCCUGGUCCUCUGGCAGAAGCGCCAUGCCCAUUCUCAACCACUGCAACCGGGCUGUGGCUUCGCGCCCUCGCUCAACACUUUGGACCUCGGGCUCACUCUUGACUCUCUCUUCUCUACAAACAGUCUCUUCCCAAUCGCCCAGCAAACUAGCGUUCCGGCAGCCCGAGCUUACCCUUUUCCUUCUCUUCCAUCGAUCUGUUGCAAGUCGGUAGCUGCCCAUCAUGAACAGGAACAAGGAGGAGGAGCAGACCGUGCCUCUCACCAACGGGGCCGACGAUGAUCUCGACUCAGAGUAUGGCUCACAGUCGUCGUCAACACCUUUCAACGGACGACGUGCCCACAAGAGGCGCAGCACAUGCAGGACAUACUGUUGCACCGUCAUUGGUUACGCUGUCUUUGCCACCAUCUUCAUCUUCAUCGGCGCCCAGAUCACACGCCACAAUCUCGACCUCGACCGCCGUUGCUCCAGAUACACAACCAAGCACUCACCCCUCGUGGACCAUGUCGCCAUCAAGUACACCGACCAGAAGUUCAAUGGCACCUUUAUGAAGGAAGACAUCUACCGGCAGCCUGCCUCGCCCGAAGUCGAUGAAGCAUGGACUGCACUUGGCGUAGACGCACGUCCAGGCAUCAUCUCGAAAGCGGAGGGCUUCGCGAGCGGUCUCGGACCGGGCCAUGUGCAAGUCUCUGAAAAAUAUGGCGGCGGCUUCAUCGUCAAUGUCGAGGCAAUGCACCAUCUUCACUGCCUGAAUCUUCUCCGGCAGUCAUUGUACUUCAACUACCCUUACUACAAGAAGCUGGGCCAGGGUGCAUUCGUAAACGGCGACGAUAUUGUGCAGCUUCAUGUUACGCACUGCCUCGACACUGUCCGCCAAGUGCUCAUGUGUAAUGCCGACACGGGCAUUCUGGGCCAGGUAUGGUCCGUUGCUCAAGGAGGCGGCGAGCACAGCCACCAGCUCGGCCAGCACCCAAGCCACCCUGUUGGGACUGGCAGCCACGCUGAUGGCGGCAGCGAAAGCCACGACGGCGCGGAUGGUGACAAUCACCGAAGCCGCAGUAGUCCCCGUACCAACUCCAGACUCCGCCGUGAUGGCGGCGGGCACGAGAGCCAGGAUGAGGGAGCGGUCGACCACGACGUUAAACCCCAAGCGUUCCCGGACUUCAAGACGGUGCACAAGUGCAAGAACUUUGACGCAAUCCGGGAAUACGCACUCGCCAUCCAGGCCCCUGACCAAGCGGUUCCACCCGACUUUUUCGUUCCCGCGGAUCCUGAUUACAUCGUCAUGGGCACGCCAUGAGUGCAACAGCCUGUGUUUGUGUGGGCCGUUAAUUUCAGCGAGCCAUCAGGUUCUUGUGGUCGGCUAUGCUUCCGUUGGUUAUCAUGUACGAGUAAACUACAAUAAUUUAAUGAAAUAAAGAAAUACAUAUGAACCAAAGUUGGUCGGCUUUCCUGGCUCUCUUCUCCAAAGCGUCUCUGUAUGCAAGAAGAUUCCCUUACCCAUCGUACGGAUUGGCCAAGUUGCUUGGACGGAGG